UUUUUGGGCUCCUCUCAGCUGAAGGCAGACACACACUCACACACUGAGACUCACUGAGGCACAGAGACACUCAGAGACACACCGGGACACACUGAGACACACCGGGACCGAGCUGGUGGAGGCUCCGCUCUGAUCACCGCCUGCUCUCACUCCUCUCCUGUCUGUGCCGUGAUUCUCUCCACAUCGGCCGCACACUCUCCACCGUUUCUCCCGUUUCUCCUCCUGAUGCUCAGCUUCACGGCGGAGCGCUGCUGUCAGGUUGACCGUAUGGACGGCCGGACGGUGUCCACCAUGGAGCUGAAGCCGUGCAUCGAGUACCACGACCUGGAGGCCGCCGAGGCGCUCGUCAGCAUGAGCUUCUGGGGUCAAAGGUCGCACAAGCCCCGCCCACUGACCCCCACCUCCGACUCCUGUGACUCCAUCCAUCUCCACCCGGAGGGAGGGGAUGCCCCAAAAGACCUGAUUGCUCUGUCCUCGCUGUGUAUGACUCCGCCUCACAGUCCGAGCUUCGCCGAGGCCUCCACCACCGCUGUCCUCACAACCACCACCACCUCCGCCCUGAGCCCCGCCUCCAGGCCAGUCUUGCCCCGCCCUGUCCUCAGCACUGGCCCUGCCCUCCUCCUCACUGACUCCUACACCUGCCUCCCUCCACCCUCCUCCACCUCCACCUCAGAGACCUCAGCACUUCCACCUCAGACAGAGUCGUCCUGUGUGGCUCCGCCCAGUAGAGCGAUGGCCACCAGCGUCAUCCGCCACACUGCCGACAGCCUCAGCAUUCCUCCACCUCCACCUGCAACCACCCAGCCGACAGAAACCUCCACGCCCCCUCAGACGGGAACUCCAGAGACUCUUCCAGAGGAGAAGGACGGAGCUCCUCCAACUCCAGACAGCCCGUCCUGUCCUCCCUCUUCAGCGUCUCCUCCUCACUCCUCCCCGCUGUCUUCCUCCUCCUCCUCGCCAGUCCUCUGCCAGGUGUUCCCGGUGAGCAGCCGGACGGGGAUGAUCUCCGCCUUCGUCCAGGCUCCGGUUCAGGUGCAGACUCAGGGGGGGCCCAAGCCCAUCCUGCCGCAGUCUCCUUCCAGCUUCGCCCAGCCCCUGCUGGUGGGCUCCGCCGUGCCGCAGGGGACCGUGAUGUUCGUGGUCCCCCAGGCGUCCAUGUCCCAGGCGCCGCAGGGACCGCAGACUGUCAUGACCCUGGGCAACACUAAGCUCCUCCCCCUGGCCCCAGCCCCCGUUUACAUGCCGACAGGAGCGAGCGGCGGCGCCUCGCAGGCCGACUUCUCCCGUAGACGAAACUAUGUCUGCAACUUCCCCGGCUGCAAGAAGACGUACUUCAAGAGCUCCCACCUGAAGGCUCACCUGCGCACGCACACAGGUGAGAAGCCGUUCAGCUGUCACUGGGACGGCUGUGACAAAAAGUUCGCCCGCUCCGACGAGCUGUCCCGCCACCGCCGGACGCACACCGGCGAGAAGAAGUUUGUCUGUAACGUGUGCGACCGCCGCUUCAUGCGCAGCGACCACUUGACCAAACACGCCCGGCGACACAUGACCACCAAGAGGGCGUCAUCGUGGCCCGCCGAAAACCGAGACCUCAAUAAAGUGGCCCUGCCCAAGGGCCAAAACAGAGGCGCCGCACUUCCUGUCGGCAUGCUGGUCUCUACUGCCAACUGAGACCCUGUUUAUACUCGGCUUUAAAAUGCAUCCUGGUGAUCUGAACGCAGGCAGAGACACGCCGCCAUCACACCUGCGUCUGUCCUGCGUCUCAGCUGAACACUUGUGUCCUCACUUCCUUACUGCCGAUGUCACAAGACGGGUUUAUUUCAGCAGGUGCGACUGGCGGCACAGAGUCAUUGGGGACAUGUAAAAGAGCGCAGCGUUGGCGCGCUGUCACCAAAACAACCGCCACAUCCUGCACUGAUGACACAGUCCUAAUCAGGGACACAUCAGUACACACUGAGGUUUACACUACGACAGAUUCGUGGUCAAACACGUCCCGGUCCCCCUCAACAGGUGGUCUGAGUGAUCAGGUCAUGAUGCGUCUUGGUGGUCGUUUCCACUCGUCUUCAGUGCCGUCCACUUGUGAUGCGAUGGUCCAGAACGCAUUUUAACCAGGUGUAAACAGGGUGUAACAGACUCAGUCAGGAGCCUCACAGGGCCAACUCAGGACCCGGGGGGAGGGGGGAGGGGAGGGACGCCAACCAGACGCCGACAGGUUCAUCUGGUUGUUUCAAUCAGCUCCACAUCAGGAGGAUAUUUUCUACCAAUCAACUCUGCUGGUGAAGACGUCACUGAGCUCCGGCUGCGUUUACACGAACCACGACAAACUCUGAGUCACAAACUUUAAACUGUUUCCUCUGUUUCUGCUUCAGGUUUGAUUUUGGCGAGGUGCAGGGAGGAAACUUUGUAGUUCAUACAGACACACCAGCGCCCCUGAGAGGCCGAGACCUUCAUUACACUCCAGAAAACACAACUGUUGUAUCAUGAAUAUCUGACCCAAAUAUUAAUCAGAUCCCACCAGCAGCAUGAAGCUCCUGUUACUGUGGAGAAACACAUUCAAGCUCUGAUGCUCGUUUUCCACCAAAUCAGCUCCAGUUUCAGUCAUGACUUUAGAAACCUUGGUGCUAUGAAGCGAAGCAGCUCGUGUUUCCACCAGGUUUGUGCAGAACCUUCAGCCCCAUACUUUGACCACUACUGGUUGCUAAUUGGCUGAAUAGUUUGGACGUGCACUCAGAAAACACCUCCCAGUCUUUACCAAUGCUGUAUUUCAUUACUUUUCUCACCAGCGUCCAUAAUGUCCGUACAACUUCCAAUAAAUACAGCCAUGUACAUUUUAAUCUGAGCACAGUCGAACAAUAAUGAUAACGAUAAUAUCAGCAACAUCUGUGGGAUGAACUUAAACACCAUGACCUGCCUCAGCCAGUGACAUAAGCCACUGAGUGACAUGGCGGGAUAUUACACUGAACACAAAUCAACCUUUAUAAUCAGCACAGAGAUCAAUUAGUGCCAAUAUUAUUUGUGUGACUAGUCCAGAUUGACAAUCUGUGUAAAUCUGGAAAUAUAAAACAACGUCCAAUGAUACACAAAGAUUUUCAAACUAAAAAAAGGCUAUUUUGCUAAAACCGAUCUGCAAAUACAUAAAUUAAUGAUAAAUAUCUGUGAAUACAUUUAAAUAAAAGCCAAAAUGAAAAUACAAGUCAUUUGACACACCUCCCCCUUUUUGCGCUUCUCAGUUUACUUUAAAUCCAAAUGUCUCAAACCAAAAUUAGGAGCCAGAACGAGCCGGUUCAUGUUGGUGUUAAAGGUGUGUGAGUGUUUACACCACUUUCUCCAGUUACAUGACGUGUUCAGCUCCUGGUUGCCAAAUUCGACGCAGCGUCGUUUUACUUAAUAUGUAAAGUUUGAUCAGUUCUUCCUGCAGCCUGACGGUGUUUUAACUUUCCUCCACAGUUUGUGUUUAAAACAUAGAAAUCAGAUUAAAAUGAAAACACAUUAAAGAAAUGAAAGUGAUGAAGACAUUUUGUUUAUCAGCUCAAAAACAAUCAGAGUUAUGUUAAGGUCAAAUUAAAAAGACGACAGCGUGCGUUGUGUAGACGGAGCCGGAGCAGCCAGCAGAGGACAGAGCGAGUUUCCCGCCCUGCUCAGGACAUUUUAUUCCCAACAACCACAAACUCACCGGAGGAGGAAGAGGAGGAGGAGGAGGAGGAAGGCGACAGGCUGCUAUUCAUUCACGGACAGAAACCAACAAAAACCUGACAUUGCACUGGAUUUUUUUAAUCUUGCUCGUUUUUGUACUCUCUCCGUGUAUAAUCAUGUUUACUUCAUGUGUAAAUGUCACGUUUAGCGAAAUGUAUGCACUCGUUUUAUUUUUGCCAAAGCCUCUGUAUCGUGCUUUUAUUAUCAGCCGACUUCUGUUCGUUUGUCUGUGACUGUAAAUACUGUAAAUAUAUUGAUAUCUAUAUGAAUGUUACGUGUAUUCCAAUCUGCAUUUAUUGACAGUACGAAGUUAUUGAUAUUUUAAAAUGUCAGUGGACAGUAUUCCUCACUGUGAUACUACCUACUAUCUUUGCUUUACACGUUAAUAUUAUUUAAUAAACUUUGUUGAGGAAAAAGUGCUGUUUUUUUUUUUUUUUUUUAUGAUAGCUUGAUUUGGCCCAUAGUGUAGCCAGUAAGAAAAUACCUCGUUAUUAAAUGUUAUUCUUAAUAAUAACAGCUUAUAUCGGAAUAAUCCCAUUUCUGAACAUUUGCCUGUAAGCGAUGGUGAAGAUUAUGGCUUUUAUAAUAAAACAUUACCACAAACA